AUGGCAUCCGUUGGUCUUGACAAAAUACUGUCUAGGUUUCAUUGCUUACAGAGUCUUUUUUUAAAGUUGAUUGAUAACACAGAUGAAAUGAUGCAUGCUUUAGUUAGUCUGGGGUCGUCAUUUAGUGGUCAUGACUCUAUUCGCUAUAUACACUCUGACACCUCCUCAGUGAUUUAUGGACUAUCUCGAUCGCCUCAACUGGAACGCUUAGUGAUGCAGGAAGGAUUUUCUAUGCCCAUUCCUCACAUGCUAUCCAUGAAAGAUAAUGGUCUUGAAAUGGUUUUUGUUCAGUUGGCGUGCACCUUGAAAUAUCUGGAGAUUGACUGUCCAUUGCUCUGGGCUAUUUAUCGCUUCAGUGAAUUAAAUCGAUGUUUUCGUCAUGCAAAUGUCAAUCAAAUUGAACUUCCUAGCGACGAUGAUGACAGUAGCGACGAUGAUAAUGCAACUGUCAUCACUCAUAAUUCAGAUGACUCAUUUUUGCUAUCCAAUCAAAAUGUAUCAGCAUUAUCUGAUGAAGAUCCUUCCAAAUCCAUACUACGUACUUCGUGUCCUCAAGAGCCUGCAAUCACUAAACUCACAAUCAAGUCACUCCACACAUCUUCAUUUCGCGAUUUUUUUCGAGGAUGGAUUGGCUGCCAAAAACUAAACGCACUUGUUUACUUGCAUCUUUCUACUGAUGAAGUUUCCAUCUCUUCAAAGCAUAUGGCAAUUCUGUCCAAUUCUGCUCCAAACCUUCAAAGCCUUGUUUUAACCAAUUGCAAUAUCCGAUCUGACAACAUUACAAACUUUGUGUGCGCUCUUCCUCCAACAAUCACACUACUGCAUCUCCUUUCAUGCAACAUUCAAAUUGGUCCAGUUUUGUCAGUAACGACCAACAUUGCUCAAGCACUAGUGUUGUGCAUAACGCAAGUUUUAGAAAACUUGGAGAAUCUUGAAAUAAAUCAUUGCCGAUUGGCAUAUGAUGAAGCUGCAUUCAUAAACGCUACUAUACUGGCUAGCAAUAAUCAUAUGGCGGCCGUGAAUGCACUCAAAAACAUCAAACCCAAGUUGAAACACCUUACACUUUUGGGAUUCGGACGUCAAAUGCCAGAUGUUCGCUUUAUUUUGCAGUUUCCAUUAGUAACGCUCAAGCUAGAUGAUAUUUCACCGAGUUUAAUUGAAUCUGCAUUGCCAUUUGCUGGGAUGAAUAUGGAAUCGAGACAGGAAACCGGGAGCACAUCACAAGCAGAAUCAACUAAUGAACUAGCCAGUCUUACUUGGCUAGAAUUGUGUCAACACUUGCCAAAUUUGGUGGAUCUGGAUUUGCGAUGUACUCGGAUAUCAGCAAAUUUACAACGCGCCAGAGACUCUGAUUUGGCAUACGAAUCUCGGACUCCCAGUGUAAAAGCAAUUGCAUCGCUGACCCAACUUAAAUAUCUUUCUAUUUACGCACCAUCAUCCAUACCCGCUGUGUGCUACAUCUUGGACUCUCAGCCGGGUCUUCAGGAACUCAAACUUAAUUACAUUCCUUGUGAUGGCUACUUAUAUCCUCAAGAAAAAUUGCUGAAUCUUGCACAGUUGAACAGUCUAUCGCUUCAUAGUCAUGGUAACGAUUCCGCCUAUAUCAUCCAAAUCCUUGCACUUUUGAUUACGCCAAAAUCUCCAAAACUAUCUAGUAUACACUUGAGUUCCACUAAACCAAUGCUUAAAUCGCAUCACACCAACGACGUAUAUGAUAUCAAUGCAGACAAUUGGAUUUCAAUUACCAACAGUCCUAAGAAAUCGCUACAAACAGACACGUCGGCGUUUGAAAUGAGCUGCAGCACUUUACGUUCAAUGCUUUCCCAAUGCAGAUGCUUGAAAUCGUUAAAGCUUGUUGGGUUUAAAAUUGAUCCGGAUGCGCUAGUUUGGAUGUCUACUCCCAUCGACUUGAACUGUAGUAUUAACCCAUAUAGUUAUUAUUUGGAAACAUUGGAGUUUACGUUACCGGAGCCAUCGAUUCCAAUUGUAUUUACAUUACUUGAAGGUCUACCCAAUUUAACAGAGUUUAACAUGUGUGUUGAAAGUAUUGAUCAGUCAUUGCGAUCAUAUACUGUUGGUUGUGAGCAUGCUACCUCGGAUACAUUACUAUCAAACAGUGAACCGACUACAUCCGCUAGUACUACUAGGCAAUCAGCAACAGAGACGACGUAUAGAUAUCAUCAAAACAAUAGUUUUACAGAUCGUAUGUAUUCUACUGACAAUGUGCUACCAUCUGUAGUUGUCACGAGCACAAUCGGUACACAGACAAGUCUAUCCAGUGACGAUGAUAACCGCACAGAGAUUGAUUCUAAUGCCAGUAUUAGUACCGAAUCAGUGUCGUCUUUUGAGGACAACGAGGACUAUGAUGAGUGGCGUGAAUUAUUUUGCAACACUUUUACCAAGAAUCUCAAAGCCACGGCGUGGUGGUUAUCCAAAUGCAAAGUGUGGACACAUAAUCGCAAGCAACAGCAAUCUCGUAUGACGAUAAUCCGUCGAAUUUUAACUGCAAGAAGGCAGCAAUUUAUCGACAAUCAAUCGCAAGAAGCGAGUGUCAAUGGAGCCGAAAAUAAUAGCGAUCUUUAG